AAGAUCAGUGGGAAAAAGCAGGACAAGUUCUGGCUCACAAUUGCCAUUGCCUGCAAUGCUGAUAACUCUGUAAAAUUUGAGCCACUUUUCAUUGGAAAAGUAGCCAGACUUCAGUGUUUCUAUGGUUGCAGCCCUGAGCAACACAGCUAUUAUUAUAAAAACAAUAAGAAUGUGUGGAUGACUUCAAAUUUCUUUGAAGAGUAA